UGAUUUCGUAGAUGAGUAUACGCGCAUGAGUGAGUCAACCGGCUUGGAAUCGAUGUACAGGUUCUGCAGAGCUGUGAUCGGUUCGUUCGGAGAACAGUACCUCCGUCAACCUAAUGCAGAGGACACAGCUCGUCUGUUGUCGAUCAACGCUUCCAGGGGUUUUCCUGGGAUGCUUGGCAGCAUAGACUGCAUGCACUGGGAGUGGAAGAACUGCCCCUUUGGUUGGCAGGGGGCAUACAGCGGCCAUUCUGAGGGGUGCACAGUCAUUCUUGAAGCUGUUGCUUCCCAUGACACAUGGAUUUGGCACUCAUUCUUCGGAAUGGCUGGCUCGCACAAUGACAUCAAUGUGCUGCAGCGCUCUCCGGUGUUUGAUAGGCUAGCGUACGGUCAGUCCCCUGAUGUGGAUUUUGAGAUCAAUGGCCACCACUACACCAAGGGGUACUACCUUGCUGAUGGUAUCUAUCCACCUUGGGCUACACUCGUGAAGACAAUCCGAAACCCCAACUCAGAGCAGGAGGCAAGGUUUGCCAAAGAGCAGGAGGCAGCCCGGAAAGAUGUCGAGCGGGCGUUUGGCAUCCUCCAAGCUCAUCUAGCUGUGCACAACCAGCUUCAGGCUGAUUUGGUCGAGCACAUGUGGCAGCAUCUUUGUGGCUUCGCCAACUUUUGCCCAAUCGACAUUUUGCUGGCUCUCGGCAACCAGUGCUAUAGUGCCUUCCACGCCAAUCUUCAAGUUUUCUUGGCGGAGAGCAAGCCCAAGGUCUUCGUGGGGGACGAAGCAUUUGGCAAGGUCAGCAAAGGCGUCGGGUUCCUUUUUCUUCGGGAAGAAAUAAGGGAACAAGCGCGAAAACGCAGCUUGGGCGUCAAAGAUGCUACAACGCACCAGAUCCGCAUGAAUCUCAAGAAGAGACAGUGCGUCGAGAAGACGGUCUUCUUCUGGCCGGUCCAGUUCAAUGGGGCCUAG